AUGCCUCUUUUUGCUGCCUGUUUACGCUGGGGAUUCCAUCUGCAAGGAUGUUGUUGCUGCCACUGGACCAUUUCCAUCCUUGUGGCAUACCUUUUUCGUUCUCCGAUUGAUCACCUUGAACUCGGAUUGGGAUUUGCAGGGAACUUGCUUGGCAGAGCGAUGACGGCGGAACAUGCUGCUGCCAAGCUUGCGUUAUUCCAGAAGAAGCUGGCUAAGCUUACCAAACGAAUCAACGCCGGUACAAUAAGUGCUGACGCGGGGCGUGACGAAGAGGCGCGUUUGAAGAAGAAGAUUAGUAAGUGGGAGCAGGCGAUUGCGGACAGUGCCACCUUCACGGGAGUUGGUGCCGAGGACCCGGCGGAUGGAAAGCAAAAGCGGAAAGAGAAGAAGCGCGAACAGGACAGCACCU